AUUGUGGUACGCAGGUAGUGUCCUAGCAUAGAUCGAGAUUCCAAUCGCGCUCCAGGCGAUUGGAAAUGCAGCAGAUCGUGAGGAAGAAAGGGCGGGGCGGAGGGAGCGGCAAGGCGAUUGCUCCUCAUCCGGAUGAGCUGAUUGGGGUUUCUCCCCCUCCCAUCGAAUCGCAGAAGCCAGGGUCAGGGAGGAAGACGAUCGAUCUGCUCAAGCUCCGCGCCGGGAAGGCGGCGUCAUCGCAGGAGAAAGUGGUGCCCGGGAAGAAGACAAUCGAUUUGCUCAAGCUCCGGGCGGGAAAGGGUCCACAGGAAAGGUCAAUCUCUCCAGCUCCAGUGCACUGCCAGACAUCCUCGGGGAAGAAGCCAGCGCCAGUAGGGAAGUGUGUGAAGCCAGAGAGUGUGGGAAGCACAACGAAAGAGGAGACUGGUAGCACUGUGAGCAGCAGCGGUGAGCCUAAGCAGUUUUCUCCAGAGACUGGACUACAAGGAGAAGUAGUGAAGGAAGAAUCUCACAAGCAGGAAGGUGGAGGUGGUCUCUUCUCAGUCGAGCUACACACAAGGCUUUCGUUGCUGGAAGAUCGAGUCACGCAGUUGGCGAGCGAGCUCAGAGAUACAAAGCAGCUCCUUCACGCGAGUCAUCCUAUGAGCAACCAGGUUCUCACAGAUAUCCAGAGCAAGAUUUCCAACAUUGAGAAGGUAAUUGUGUCCCGUGGAAUCGAGGGAGGGAGGAGGGAGCUCACGACGAGUUGUGGGCUUUCCCAGGAAUCUACGAUAGUUACUUUGGAGGAGAAGUCAGACUCGGAGGGCAGGAAAUCCAACACGGUGUCCGUGCACGAGAGUUUGCUGACGGUUGCCGACGAGUUUCUGGCUUCCUUGAAGUGCUCUCAAGCUGCAAAGGUCCCUUCCACGUCCAUAGAAUUGAAAGCACUGCCCUUGCUCCGUUGUGGGAACGACAGUAGUGUGGAAAAGAGCUGCGUGGCUUCUACUAUACGUACUGGGACUUCGGAGAAGAGGCGACGGCAUUCACUAAGUGACAAUCGCUCCUCCGGCAGCUACAAAAGCGCAAACACGUCUGCCUCGGACGUGGCUUUUGAGGCUCUGGUGGGUCUUGAAUGUGAUGAAGUCCUGUCGGAAGAUGUUACCGAGGACCAGGAGAAUGCGGUACCCGCGGUGAAUGUUUCUGCUUUGGAACUGCCAGUAGACGACACGGAGCCGGAACUUUGUCAGCUCGGAAGUAAAUCUGUGCUGGCGGGAUGGUUUGUCUACGAAGCAGAGGGAAUGCUUUUGGCACACGAUGAUGGUAGCUGCUCGUUCUACGAUGUUGCUAAUAUGGAGGAGAAAUCUCAGUACAAACUACCCGAAGAACUAGUCCCUUCGACUUGGCGAGAUUGCUGGCUUAUCAGAGCCGCAGGAAUGGAUGGUCGCUCGUGUAAAUACGUAGUGGCAGCUUCUGCUGGCACUGCAGUUGAUCCGGCAUUUUGUUCGUGGAACUUCUACGAUAAAACUGUAGCUGCGUAUCGUUCCGAGACCCCAUCUUGGCCGACGACACCCCAUAGCAACAGAAGCUCGAGUCCAGAAUCUAGACGCUCUUCAAAGGAUACCUCGUCCCUGGGAUCAGGCUCCACUCAAGGCCACAGGUUUUCCGAGUCCAAGGGAGAGCUGGAGUUCCCUUUAUGGUGGUACACACCUUGUGGUCCUCUCAUAGCUUGUGGAGGCAGUGGGCUGAAGACACUUACGCUCUACGACAUUCGAGAUGGUGAUCGUGUCAUGAAUUGGGAUUCAAAGAGAUGCCUGUCAUCAACUAUGAGCUACAGUUCGCCGCUACAGUGGAGGAGCAGGGGUACUCUAAUCGCCGUGGAAGAUAAAGUCGUCACUGCAUGGGACGUGUCCAAUGCAGAAGCUCAGUGUGUCCACACCAUCGAUUUAGCCGGCAAUGCUCCUCGAGCUGUUCACAUAUACAACAUCGAUGGUGAGUGCAAUGGCGGCGUCAGACAAAGGAUUAACUCUAAGAACAUUGAUGGAAUCGUCGGAGUCGUUGCGACUCAAGAAGCUGUGAGCAUCCUCGACUUUCGGGUCCCUUCAGGAGUCGCUGUGAAGAUUCCAACGCUUGGUCAGGACGUUCACUCCCUGUACGCUCACGGCGAAGCAGUCUACGCGGCAGGCACGAUUAAGUCGCAGUGUACCAUCCAGCAAUGGUCUAUACGCAAAGGCCAGCCAAUGAUGCUCUACACGCUUCCAAAGUCGGCUUCUUCUCAUCAUCUACACACGCAAAUAUCUCAAGUUUGGGGAGACAAAAGCUCGGUCAUGGCUGUCAACGGGAACGGCUUGUUCGUGUUCGAUGCAUCGACUGGCGGAGCUUGCGGACCGGCAGUCAUUGGCAGCGAUGAUUUGUACUGUCCAACUUUCGACUACUCGGGUUCCAAGGUGCUGCUCAUCUCCAGGGACCGGCCUGCGUGCUGGCAAUAUUGGCCGACAACACCCCUGUGGAAUCUCUCAUGAUUUCUUCUACUCGUAUGCUUAUUCACAAGAAUCCUCCCCACGACCGCAAGAAAGGAAAAGCUGAUAGAAAAAAUCUCCAGAACAAGGAAAUGUCCUUCCUCCUUUGGAGCCUU